GAGCGCGCGUCUCACCAUCAUCAUCAUCAUCAUCAUCAUCAUUAUCCUCCUCAUCAUCAUCACCAACAGCCUCCGCUCAGUGGACAUCACGGCCAGCAGCUCUGCGCUUCAGCGCGUAAAACACUUCGUCAUUUCUCCUCUAAGCAGCUUCGAUCACAGCCUACCCGACUACACCAUGUGGAUUUAUAAGAUCCUUCUUUGCCUUUCUGUCCUGCUUUACUCGGAAAGCAAGAGGCAUGCACUUCAGGACUACCAGAAGACUGACGGGGUUCGUCUGGUUGCUCCGCCUGACGCUUCAUACAUGAUGAAAAGCAAGAAGAUGAGCUUAGGGAAGUGCGUGCGGCGCUGCAGCCGCUCAAGAAAACUCCCCUUCACCUGCAGAGCUUUCAUGUUUGAUCAGAAUGGCACAAAGUGUCAUUUACUCUCCUUCGACAGCCUCACAGUGGGCGUCCACGCCGAGACUGACUUCAGCUUUGACCUUUACGAAAAAAAAGACUUUGUAAGAGAAUGCAUCAUUGGCACAGGCCUGAAUUACAAAGGGAGGAGAUCUGUGACCGAGAGUGGUGUUGAGUGCCAGAACUGGGAUCUGAACACACCACAUGAACAUCACUUCUUACCCCGGCGGCAUAAGCAGAAGGACCUUCGGGGAAACUUGUGCCGGAACCCAGACAAUAGCACUACGGGACCGUGGUGUUUUACCAAGAACCCCAGCAUACGUUAUCAAAACUGCAACAUUCCCCAAUGUUCGCAAGUGGAAUGUAUGAUGUGUAAUGGAGAAAGCUACCGCGGGCCCAUGGACCACACGGAGAGUGGCAGAGAGUGCCAGCGCUGGGAUUUAGAUGAACCUCACAAACAUCUCUUCCAUCCCAAAAGGUACCCAGAUAAAGGACUUAAGGAUAACUUCUGCAGGAACCCAGACGGACGCCAGAGACCCUGGUGCUUCACCACCGAUCCUGACACUCUGUGGGAGUACUGCAAUGUCAAACAGUGUGAAUCUGACAGUCACAAUGAUGUUGAAACGACUACGUCAUGUUUCCGGGGGAAUGGGGAAGGAUAUCGUGGGACGGUGGCAGUUUCCAAGGAUGGUUUGAUUUGUCAAAGAUGGGAUUCCCAGUUUCCACAUUCGCACUCCUUUACACCACAGAAGUACCGCUGCAAAGACCUGAGGGAGAACUACUGCAGGAAUCCUGAUGGACGUGAUGCCCCAUGGUGCUUCACUAUGGACCCUAACGUACCUUGGGUCUUUUGCACUAGCAUCCCAGGCUGUGAAGCAAUAACAGCUGAACCUGACGAGUGUUACACAGGAAGUGGCGAGAUGUACAGAGGGAGGCAGAUGAAGACUCGUUCAGGCAUCCCCUGUGCACCAUGGAUGGGCCAUACUGAGAGGAAAGCGCAAGACAUGCUGACCCAGAGUGAUGAACUGGAAGGUAAUUUCUGCAGGAAUCCAGACAAGGACAAACAUGGGCCAUGGUGCUACACCAACAGCUCCCUCAUCCCCUGGGAUUACUGCACAGUCAAGCGCUGUGAAAUACAGAGCAGUGGACUACGAAAAGCUGAAACCUCGAUCACGUCCUGUUUUGUCCAUAAGCAAGUGAGGAUAGUAGGCGGUGGCCCCUUUCCUAUUAAAGAGGGCAGUUGGAUGGUCAGCAUUCAGAAAGGGGCUUCUCACUCAUGCGGAGGCUCGCUGAUCCGUGAGGAGUGGGUGCUGACGGACAGAGAGUGCUUCUCUUCAUGUGUUCCUGAUCUGUCUGAGUACAGCGUGUUGCUUGGUUCUGCGCAUCUGAAUGAGUCUGGAGAAAACAAUUGGAGCAAGCAGGAAAGGAGGAUUGCUCACGUUGUCUGUGGCCCCGAAGGCUCAGGACUCGCCCUGAUACAACUGGCACAAGGUGCUCCCAUCGCCGAGCACGUGAGGACAAUUCAGCUGCCUGUGGCUGGCUGUACCAUUGCAGAAGGCACUGUGUGUUCAACGUACGGCUGGGGGGAAACUAAAGGCACGGGACAUGAAGGCACACUUAAGAGUGUUCAGCUGCCCAUUGUUAGCAAUGAACGCUGCCAACAAUUACACAGAGGAACGCUACAAAUCACUGAUGCUAAAGUGUGCGCUGGCGGGAAGAGAGAUGAAGGAGUGUGUGAGAAAGACUACGGUGGACCACUGGUGUGUCAGGAAAAGGACAGUAAGGUUAUAGUGGGAGUGAGCAUCCAUGGCAGAGGAUGUGCCCGACACAACAGGCCAGGUAUCUUCGUCAGCGUGGCCCAGUAUACAGGAUGGAUACACAAGGUGUACAAAACAUACCCUACUUCAGAUGUAAUGAUGAGCUGAGCUUCAGUAAGACAAGACCUGGAACUGUGCAGUCUUGAGGAUCCAAAACAUUGGAAACAAAAUCAAGGUGACCCACAUUAGUGACUUCACAACUCGCACGUACAUUCAAAGUUAAUAAAAACUAUGUCCAAAAAUGUGAAAACUGGGACAACAUCUGAAAAUAGAACCUGACUGACUAUGUUCUGAUUUCAUAAAAAAGUGAAGGUGAUAUGGCUGGAUUUCAUUCAAUUCCAUAUGUAUUGUUGGAAAAGUUGAAAGAAACGGUACGAAGGCCAGCUGCCUAAACCCUGAUCAAGGACAAGCUUUGUAAAUCUUUAUAUGGAUUGUGGAAAUUGUUAUAAAUUUGAAAGCCAUGUUUAGGGAAGAUGUUUUUUUUUUCCCCUCAAAAUCUGUGGAUGAUUUGUGAAUGUUGUGUACACACGAAUUAUAGAAAGAAGAGCGGAGAAACGAUUUCUCUGGGAAUUGAUUAAGAUCAUAAGGAAAGAUACAGAUCUGAAGCGAUUGUAGAAACUUUGGCCCAGACUAUAAAGAAAAUCUUCUUUCUUAUUUUUAUCAAACAAAUAUAUGGACAGAACAAAGAUUUGUCGAGUUAUACAUUCCUACAUAUUGUACAUCUCUUCUCUAAACCUUCCCCGCAGUAUUAUCUGUUACAAAAAGGUGUGCAUAAUAUAUGUGUAAAAUAUGUGUACAGUAGUAUUAAUUAUAGGCUUUUUAUUUUUUUUUUUUGUACUUUUAUGCUCCUGAUAAUACUUGAAUACACAUACAUCCAAACAAAACACUGUCUGCUCCAAUCGCACUUCCUCAUGUCAUGAAUUGAAGGUUCAGUUUUCUUUAUGCAGGUGUGUACAUCAUGUUUAGUGAACUCUGUAGAUGUUCUAACAUGUUAAUGUAUCUCCAACAUAUGCUGUGUUUGAAUUAUUAUCAGAAGCCAAUAGAAGGUUUAUGUGUUGUAAAUACUGUAGUCAUCACUCCCGAUGCUUGGGUAGGUCUCAUAGACCUUUUAUGGAGGUUGUAAAAUAUUAUGGGUCUUUGCUUGUGUGUGUGUGUGUGUGUGUGUGUGUGUGUGUGUGUGUGUGUGUGUGUGUGUGUGUUUUCUUGGCAUAAUCUUGAUCAGUAGAUAUUAUUGCCAAUAAAAUUGUUGAAAGCAUGCUGGGAUCAAAAAGAAAGUAGAUGCUAAAUUUAGUUCUAUUUUGUAGUUAUUAUCAACUGACCUCUUCAAAAGUUGGUGGGUGGUGGGGGGCAUAUGUCUGAGUUGUUUGUCAACCAUGCUUCUGGUAGGAUGCAGCUCUGCAGGACAGAGUGUGUGUGUGUGUGUGUGUGUGUGUGUGUGUGUGUGUGUGUGUGUGUGUGUGUGUGUGUGUAUUUUAUUAAUUGAUCAAAAGAAUGGGCCUAUACAACACUUUUGAUCCAGUGGAAACUCUAACCAGGUCCCCACAAGGACACACAGAUCUGACUGUUUUGGCUUUGUGGGGACAUUUGGCUGGUCCCCACAAGGUUUUAUUUUGUGUUUCAAAAAUUCCAGCUACAAAAGUUCCAAAAAAAGAACUUAACAAAAGUUACAAAAAAUGUUUUUUUUUUUGGUUACUAAAGUUUAAAGUUAAGUUAAAAUUAGGGUAAGAUUUAACUGUAGGAAUAACAUCCAUUAGCUGUAUUUUUAAUUAUGUCAGGAGACAAAUGUGUGUGUUUGCGUGCUUCUUCGAUCUAGUUGAGAAACAUGCCUAGUUAAGCAAAGAUAUACCUUUUCUCUGUUUUCAUAUUCUGGAUUAGUUGUAUGACAAAGCCCAUCCGUCAGAGUCGGUUAGCGUGUGUGGCCGUGGCUUGCUCUAGUUUUUCAUUCUUGACCUCUUACUUUGGACUGCAUCCAAUAACAAUCAGCUUGGAAUAUUACCCCCCAAACCAUGUCAGCUUAAGCAAAUACCAUUCUUUCCGAGCACUCCUGAUGCUCAUUAAUGUUGGUUUAUAUGAAGGAUGACUUUAAUUUGUAUGAGUCCAAAAGCAGACAUCUUUAUAUUAAGCAAUACUAGGAAUGUUCAGCAUGUGCUGAAAAACAGCCGAGACGAACCAUGUAAACAUCUUACUCUGUGAUAACUUUAUGAUUAUAUGAUUUAUCUCUUCCCAUAUUUGGACCUUGCUGAUUGAUUCCAUACCAAACUAUUGAGUUUCUCUGUGCAAAUUUGCUAUGUAAUGUAAAAUUAUUUACACUGAGGUGACCUAUACAUACAUGUCAAAUCAGCUCUGCAGUUUUCAUUAGGAGUUUCAUGUUGGUUAUUUUAUUAUUAAUGUUAUUUGUUGUAAAUGUGUCACCUUUAUGAAUGUACAAUGCUGCUAUUUACAAUAGAAGGUUGUAAAUGUCAUCUGUGUACAGCGUUUUCUCUCUUCAUAAACUCCUACAAUUAGGAGUGUAUUGUGUGUAUUCAUAUUCAAUGUAUUAUUCACCUGUAUUGUAUGGUUCAUGCUGAAUUACCUGGACAGCUGUAUUUAUCUGCUUACAUCGUGUGUUCAUUAGGACUCCUUUAUGUGCCUUUACCAUGUUUACCAUGUCUGAAAUUAAAAAUAAAAUAUGAUUAAACAAUAGAA